UUUUUGGGAAAUGGGCAAGUGCCGGUUUUUUUUCGCGAGUGGGUGGGUAAGUAAUGUCAUUAAAAGUGUUGUAUUUUGGAGUUUGACACCGCUCGUCCGAUUUGUGCAAUGGUGAUGCAAUUCAACAUUCCCAACAUUCAAGUACUUGCCGGUGAUUUUCGUUUCAGAUAAAAUUACUCUAACACUCUAGAGGGACCAUGGCUUCCUACAUGGUAUGGCGGUCUUCGAUUUACUCAACGCUAUUCGUUGGGUACUUUCUCUACUACCUCAACAGAAAAUCGUUUUCAUUCCUGAUGCCGUAUGUUAUCGAAGAGGAAGGAAUGAACAAGAGUGAGCUUGGUGCCAUUACAAGUAGCAUCUCACUAGCCUACACAAUCAGUAAAUUUGCCAGUGGUAUCUUGUCGGACAAGCUCAGCGCUCGUGUCAUGUUCUCCACUGGUCUCAUGAUCGCAAGUCUUCUCGUCCUUCAGUUUACCAGCUUCAACACCAUGAACGCUUUCAUGAUCAUUAUGUUUCUCAACGGGCUGGCCCAAGGAGGGGGUUGGCCUGGCUGCUCCAAAAUCUUAAAAAAGUGGUUUCUACCGUCCGAAUUGGGCCUCUGGUGGAGUGUUCUCUCUACAAGUGCUAACUUGGCUGGAGUGCUUGGACCAAUUUGUCUCGCUGUGGUCGCAAAGGACUAUGGAUGGAGAGGUGCAAUGAACGCAGGAGCAAUAUUAGGUAUUGUGUGGGCUGUCGUGUCGUUCUUGAUGAUCAAAAAUUCUCCAGAGGAUGUGGGCCUACAAACCCUGACUGAUAAAGAUUCACAGAAUAAUAAAGUUGGACCUGCCAAGGUGCAAAGUUCUGCUACAACCCGUGACAUCAUCGCAAGCCCAUUUCUUUGGAUUGUGAGCAUAUUAUUCUUACUAAAUGCCCAUAUAUCCUAUGGCAUCAUGGACUGGGGACAGCUAUUUCUUAUACAGGAAGUAGGAUUCGACAACACAGUUGGGAGUGCCUUUAUGAGUUCUUAUUCCAUCGGGGCGAUUGUAGGAAGCAUAGCGUCUGGCUAUGUCACUGAUAAACUUAUUGCCAGGGCAAGCAAACAAUCUAAAGGGAGCCCUCGAUUUAUAUGGUUCCUCAUCAUGGAGGCUGUCAAUCUACUUUUUAUACACAUGUUCAGGACUGAGGUUAAUUUGGAAACGAGUCAGGUAUUCCUUCUGCUGAUCAGUUUUGUGAUGGGUGUAUGUCAGUACAGCUGCUUCUCUGUGUAUGGUGUUGUAGCCAUUGAGAAUGCUCCAGCUCACCUCUCCGGUACCUCGCAUGCUUUUGCUGGCAUGGCUUGCAAUGUUGGCGUCCUGUUGGCAGGGUUUCCCUUAACCUACCUCGCUGAGAUGUACAACUGGGGAGUCGUUCUGAUGUAUCUGGAAAUCAUGUCCCUGGCGAGUGUAUUUCUUCUGAUCGUAACGAGGAAUGCCGACGCCAGGAUUGGAAAAUCGGCGAAGAAGCUGGAGUAAGGAGCUCAACAGAUAUGAUAACUUCACGAGGAGUCGAUAAUGGGAGGCAUUUAAAAGCCUCCAUUACCCAGGGGCCAAUUUCAUAGAGCUGCUUGAAGAGAAAAUAAUAAAAUUGCUUAGCAAGUUUCUGCUUAGCACAUUUACAGGAGAGCUCCAUCAAGCUCCACAAAAUGAGUUGACAUUUGACCUCAGCAUUUUCUGUGUUCUAUAUUGUAUUCCUAUGUAUGGAACCAUCCAUGGUUGAACAGACCAAAGAAUACUGUUUACAUGUUCUUCAAAGCAGUGGGGUGCCGUGCAUGUCAACUUUUUAAUUUAACAAUUGCCAAAAAUGAAUAUUGCAAUUUUUUUCAGAAUAAUAUUUUUAAUCACUGCCUUUUUCUAAAUGAAAUAAAUCGGAUUAAACUGGUGCCAAUGAGUGUUAGUGUAACAAGCAAGAGGAUCAAAACUUGGAUGCUGCAUUAAGUGUUUGCGUCAAUGUUUAUGCUGUACUAGUUUAAAUAAUAACAAGAAUAAUAAAUAGUGUUUGUAAAGCGCCUUUUACAAAAGUUACAAAGCGAUGUACAGAAACUACGAAUAAACACAAAUAAUAAUAACUUAGCUUAGCAUAAGAAUAAAUGAGUUUUUAACAUGGCUUUGAAGGAUUUAAGGGAUGAAGCCUGAUGGAUGUAAAGAGGUACAUUGUUUCAAUUAGGGUUUUAAUUAACUUUUUCAAUAUUAAAAAAAAAAAUCCAAAAUGACCAGAGAACAGCAAUUGCAUAAUUUUCUUGUUUUUAAAACUACCUAGGCCUACAUGCCUCUGCAUAUUUUUAAGAGAAUUGUGAGAGAAUCGUAAGUUCCUGUACUUUAGAGGAGGUUUCUGAACAGUACACAUGUAUAGAAAUGAUGAUGAAGAUGAUCAAGCUUAAGACGAAACUAUAAAUAAAUAGUGAACUUGCGGGUACAACCAUGUAAAUCUCUUAUGAGUGAGUGUUCGCUCUGAAAAGAGCCGGUAUGGUCUCAAUGUCUUGAACAGUAGGCCUAUACUCUGCUCGUCUUCAGGAAAACAGAGUGGAAUGUACUGUUCGAAUCGUCAAGACCAAAGCGGCUCUUUUGAGCGAACACUCACUCAUAAGAGAUUUACAUACGGUUGUACCAGCAAGUUCACUAUAUUUAUUCAUAGUUUCUUCUUAUUUCUCCACACCAUGCAAAGCUUCGAACAAUACUUAUGAUCAAGCUUUGAUACUUUAACAGUUACUACAAAACGUACAUGUACAUGUCUAUGUAUUCAUCUUUUUGAAAAUCAUGUGUACAUCUUUUGAUUUCAUAGACCUUACGUUAUAUUAAGUUCUGGUUAUUUGUUUAAUUGAUCUUUACGCUGCGGCAGUGUAUGUCUUCCACUUCUCAGCGUAACGGCUUUUUCUUGUGCCAUAGAAAACUGAAAUCACUGUUUAAAGACAUAAAACCUUUCUCGGUGACAAGUAAUGGG